AUUAUCCAGUUUGGGCCACUUAUUCGCCUAUGGACUUUAAGAUUUGAGAGCAAACACACAUAUUUUAAGCAGUGUUUGAGAAAAUUGCGCAACUUUAAGAAUCCAUGUUCUACUCUUGCAGAGAGACAUCAGCUUCUACAGGCCUUUCUGAGUGCUGGUACCUUCUUCCCUCCAGGUGUUUCAGUGGAGAGGGGCACACAGUUUUUCUCAGAUGACUACAAUGAUGUAAUCAUAGAAGCAGUUGCACAUCACAAUUUUGAGUCCACAAACACUCUGAUAGCCAAUGAAGUGACUGUGAAGGGGACAAAAUACAGAAAGAACAUGCACAUUGUGAUUGAUGAUGAUGAUGAGGGGCUUGUUACUGGAAAAAUCAAAGUGGUUCUUGUUCAUAAGGAUUCAGCAGUAUAUUUUAUUGCUGAAAAGUAUCAUGCCCUGCGUAUUCCUGACAUGGGUGUUUACAGCCUCACACUGAUGCAAAGAAGCUACUGUUGUAUUAAUCAGGAGAAUCUACUAGACUACUAUCCCUUGCCUGAGUACACCGUCCAUGGCACGCCACUGAUAAUUCUUCACCAUUCUUGCCCUCUAGUCCUGAAUGAUGGCGAACAUGAGUGAAGAAAUCAAAGGGAUCAUCUGCAAGACCUUGCCAAAUCUGUCUGAAGAGACCCAGUGGCAAAUAAUAUCGAAACUUCAGAGCUCCGGCUUGGAGUCAAAAGAAGACUUAAAAUAUGUACAACAGGAAGACAUUGCUGAUCUGUUACCUGUUAUCCAGUGCAGAAAACUCCUGGAUGCAUUCAAAUUAGAAACCAAGAGAGUUACAUUGGAUUUUCAAGCCAUUCCAACUUCGUCACCACUGAGUAGUGAUUGGUCGGUGUCUGGGUCUUCAUCACCAACAUUAUGCACUCCGCCUGAUUGUAGCUUAUCACAGCUAUCAGCCAUUCCAUCAUGUUCAAGCCAGGCAAGAAGCAGCGAGCCAAGCCACAGACCUUUCACAUCUCUACUACUGAAAACAUGGCCAGAAACAUUCCAGGUCCCUUGGGAACAAAUGCCACAGGAAAUUCGUUCUGCAAUUGCAGAUGGCAAGAGACCUAAACCAGUGGAGCGACGCCAGAUGGUACGAGUACUCGCAGAUGAAAUGAGAAAGUAUGAAGCUAACCCCACUCGUGCACAGUGCCUAACUGUGGUUCGAAAUAUCAUCAGGCAGUACCCAAAGAGUUUUGCUGAUAUUGCACCAGAUGGGUCACUUCUGUGUGGAGGUUAUACAUCACUUUUGAUUCAAGUGAAAAACCGCAUUGAGAAUGUGAACCGUGAUGGAAGCUUCUCAUGGCACCGAACCUCUACAGGCAAGAGGGGUCCAACUGACACAUAUGGAUGUACACGAUUUCAGCCAGAGCUACCCCCAGAAGAAACUGAUCACACUGUGGAGCAGCACCGCCAGAGACUGGAGGAGAUCUACAGGCAGGAGGGGGCAGGUGGAGCAGAAAGAGCAGAAGUUAAAAAUCUAAUGAAGCUCACAUUCUCUCUACAACGCUGCCAUAUAAAUACAAUUCCACCACCUGACAUUGAAGAUGUGAAAAGCAAAUGGCCUUUUAUAUACGCACAUUUUGAGUUGCUCACAGACAUCAAUGUGCUUCGUAGCUUGGAACUCAGUAUGGAGAAAUGUGGAAGAGCCAUCACAGAAUACUUCAGGGUAAAACCUACCAACAAAGAUGUCAAGGCUAUCCUCACUAAUGGUGAAGAUGAUGAGAAAGCACUUUGUGUUGUUCAGCUGCUCAUGGCACACUUUGGAGAGGACCUAACCGGGCUGAUCCUUCUUACAGAUGGCAUCACACCAUCAUUUGCAACGGGACUUGCUGCUGUCUUUGCUAUCUAUUACAUAUUCAACCUUCAGUAUCAAGAUGAGGCAGCCUGCACUCUGGAAUUCAUUCAGCGGCGCUUCAUUGGUAUAAAUCCAGAGAGAGGGACAAAGGCCAAAAGGGGCAAGGUUGUCUCCAAGAAGAAAGGUGUGAUCGUCCAGAAGAAGUCUUCUGCAGUCAAUACACACGUCGCCAUGCUACUGAAGAAUCUCCUUGACUUUGAAUGGGACUUUAUAUAGAUCGGUGACCUCUUUAAUCUCGCUCUCUUUGU